UCACGUAUCACACCGCCAAGCAGCGUUUCUAGCAGCGACCAGGGAGAAACGAACGGCUCUUUGAUAUUUGUGUGCCUACACGGGUGUGCCUGGGCGUGUUUACGUUUUCGUCGCUUCGAAGACUUUUGAGUUUGACCCCCCCCGGGAAAUUCAACAACUCGCCUAUCUGCUGUGCCUGCCUCUGCUGUCGUCACUUCGGCAACUAGGAAGCUCGCACACGUAGCCCUCUGCUCUCUGCUCUGUUGGCGCCGUGAGCGGUCUCUCCUUGCAUCAUGGCACGCCGAACCCUCAGCGCUGUUGGCGUGGCUGCCGUGGCGAUGAUGCAAUCCCCUGCGGACUCGCUCCUCGGGAGCGCCAGCAUCCGUCAGCAACGCACCAACGUGUACGCUCCCCCUGCUGCGACCUGUAGCGGCAGAGACGUCAACAAGGCGGGCAGUAGCGGCGUCUCGCCCCGGAUAUUAGGUGGAGGGAGGGCGCCCCCGUCGAGUAGGGGCGGGUUGCGGCGGCCGGCUCCGUGGAGGCUACCUUCGGUUCGCGGGGGCGGGGGUGGUGCCGAGGAACCUCCUGCAGCGCGACGAGGUGAUGCGACUGCCGCAGCUGGGGUAGACAGAACCGACACAUCGCCAGUGGGUUCGUCUCGAAGUCCCGUUACUACCGCCUCCGCCACCACCACAAACGGUUCGGGCAGCAGCAAUGCAGCGCUCGGCGGUGGUGAGAAGGAGGCGACGAUAUCAGCAACAGCACCGGUGCCGCCGUUUUCGAUGCCCCCACGUGGGAGUCCCGGCAAAGCGAGCGACUUUGGGAGCAGCAGCGACGAUAGCACACUUGAUAUUCGAGAACGCGCGGGCUUCAGCCUUUUCCGCUGUGAUGCUUACCAUUGCGAGCGGGAGAUGGUGGAAAGCGGGGAGAUUUCUGCCUCCGCGCCGGCGACCACGCAGGUGAUGAUGCGAUGGAACGAGCGGCCGAGACGGGCGUUGGUCCUCCUCAAGCCCGACCGGGACUUGUUGCCCCUUGCCGCACAGACCAUCGACUACCUGCAGCGGGAUAUGAGGCUCAAGGUCAUGGUCGAAACGGCGGCGGUGGAGGCAGUGGGCCAGGCCCUAGACGAGUUCACGGAGGGAGAUGGCGGGAAGCUGGAAGUAUUUACGCCGCCCGAGAGGUCGGUCGUGGCAGAAAUGGGCCCUAGGGGGGGGGCGGGACCCGCGCCUCCUCUUGACGGAGAUAGCGUGGACUUCGUGCUAACGCUGGGUGGGGACGGCCUCCUGAUGUACAGCAACACGUUGUUCAGAAGAUCGGUGCCCCCGCAUCUGUGCUUUAACCUGGGGUCGAUGGGAUUCUUGAGCCCGUUCGAGUACGAGUCGAUGAAGGAGGAGGUCCGGCGGAUCAUGAGCGGGGGCAUGAAGGUCUCUCUACGGAUGCGGCUGUCCGCGAGGAUCAUCAGAGACGACCAGACCUCGGAGGCCUUCCACGCCCUCAACGAGAUCGUCAUCGACAGAGGUUCCAGUCCCUACCUGACCAACUUGGAGUGCUACUGCGACGAGGAGCACCUGACGACCGUUCAGGCCGAUGGUCUCAUCAUCGCGACACCGACCGGUUCCACCGCCUACAGCAUGUCUGCUGGGGGCAGCAUGGUACAUCCUUGCGUGCCGGCCAUCCUGUUCACCCCGAUCUGCCCACACAGCCUCUCCUUCAGGCCCAUAGUGUUCCCGGACACGGUUGUUCUCCGGCUGUGCAUGCCCCAGGAGGCCAGGGCGGAGGCGAGGGUCAGCUUUGACGGUAAGCUGAGCCAGGACCUUUGCCGGGGAGACACUUUGGUGAUCAAGACGUCCAACUUCCCAGUGCCGACGAUCUGCAAGGAUGACAGCACGGCGGACUGGUUUGCCAGUCUCGACCAGGCGUUAGGGUUCAACACGCGCAUGAAGCAGCGGGAGUUCAAGCCGGUGCCGACAAUGACAGACGUCUCCCGCCAGAGGAACGAUGAUCGCAUCAACGAUUGAUGGAACGAAAAAACGGCUCAUCAUGCUAUGCAACGAGAAACGCAUGCUGGUACUAUGCUUGGGGUUCGAAAACGAAAAUGCCUGCUCAUGCUGCGCUUGGGGUUGGAAAAGAGCGCCCACCCGCCUGGCUUUGUGCGGUUGUGGAACAACGGUUAUAAAACACCAACAACUUUUUGCGUGUCAUUAUUGUUGCGUGUUUUUUCACACGCUUCUUUUUCCGGACGAGAGGCAUCACGGCGGGGGAAGGUUAGACUGAACUUGGUGGGAAGUCGUUUGUUGCUGAUUGUCGACAGAGCAUUUCACACAGCAGCGUCGGUGUUGUUUUGUACACACGUCGUAGCUUUCCCCUGAAAUCUUAAGCCAAGUCGGCGUUUUUCCGACGAGAAAUGAGUACAUUAGGCACAGCUAGCUGGCCGAGUGCUUUGUACUCUCGUCGUAGAUAUCCCGAAAAUUGAUGUGGCAGGCAUGUCGGUGGCUGUUUCAUUCGCGGCGCUGUUAAUCAGACGAGAAGUGAUUACACUGACCAACGUUCGUAUUCCGUGUAUUAGGUUGUACAGGGUGCCCCAGGG